AUGUCCUUCGACGGCGCCCGGCUGAGCAUGCGCAGCCGCCGGAACGGGACCAUGGACAGCACCCGCACCCUCUACUCCAGCGCCUCCCGGAGCACCGAUGUGUCCUACAGCGAGAGCGACUUGGUGAACUUCAUUCAAGCGAACUUUAAGAAACGGGAAUGUGUCUUCUUCACCAAAGACUCCAAGGCCACGGAAAAUGUGUGCAAAUGUGGCUACAUGCAGAGCCAGCACAUCGAGGGCACCCAGGUCAACCUCAGCGAGAAGUGGAACUACAAGAAGCACACCAAGGAGUUCCCCACCGACGCCUUUGGGGACAUCCAGUUUGAGAGCCUGGGAAAGAAAGGGAAGUACCUCCGCCUGUCCUGCGACACGGACGCAGAGACGCUGUACGAGCUGCUGACCCAGCACUGGCACCUGAAGACACCCAACCUGGUCAUCUCCGUGACGGGCGGCGCCAAGAACUUCUCGCUGAAGCCUCGGAUGCGCAAGAUCUUCAGCCGCCUCAUCUACAUCGCUCAGUCCAAGGGCGCGUGGAUCCUCACGGGCGGGACCCACUACGGCCUGAUGAAGAACAUUGGGGAGGUGGUGCGGGACAACACCAUCAGCCGGAGCUCCGAGGAGAACAUCGUGGCCAUCGGCAUCGCGGCCUGGGGCAUGGUCUCCAACAGGGAGAGCCUCAUCCGGAGCUCUGACGACCAGGGCUAUUUUUCAGCGCAGUACAUGAUGGACGACUUUAAGCGAGACGCCCUGUACAUCCUGGACAACAACCACACCCACCUGCUGCUUGUGGACAACGGCUGCCACGGACACCCCACGGUGGAGGCCAAGCUCCGGAACCAGCUGGAGAAGUACAUUUCCGAGCGCACUAUCCAAGAAUCCAACUACGGAGGCAAGAUCCCCAUUGUGUGCUUCGCCCAAGGAGGUGGCAAAGAGACCUUGAAAGCCAUCCACACCUCCAUCAAGAGCAAAAUUCCCUGCGUGGUGGUGGAAGGUUCUGGCCAGGUGGCCGACGUGAUCGCCAGCCUGGUGGAGAUGGAGGACGUCUUGACCUCGUCCAUCGUCAAGGAGAAGUUGGUGCGCUUCCUGCCCCGCACGGUGGCCCGGCAGCCCGAGGAGGAGACGGAGAGCUGGAUCAAGUGGCUCAAAGAGAUUCUUGAGAGUGCGCACCUGCUAACGGUUAUUAAAAUGGAGGAAGCCGGGGACGAGAUCGUGAGCAACGCCAUUUCCUACGCGCUGUACAAAGCCUUCAGCACCAACGAGCAGGACAAGGACAACUGGAACGGGCAGCUCAAGCUGCUGCUGGAGUGGAACCAGCUGGACCUGGCCAGCGACGAGAUCUUCACCAACGAGCGCCGCUGGGAGUCGGCCGACCUGCAGGAGGUCAUGUUCAUGGCGAUCGUCAAGGACAGGCCCAAGUUCGUCCGCCUCUUCCUGGAGAACGGCCUGAACCUGCGCCGGUUCCUCACCAACGACGUCCUCUCCGAGCUCUUCUCCAGCCACUUCAGCGCCCUGGUGUACCGCAACCUGCAGAUCGCCAAGAACUCCUACAACGACGCGCUGCUCACCUUCGUCUGGAAGCUGGUGGCCAACUUCCGCAGGGGCUUCCGGAAGGAGGACCGGAGCAGCCGGGAGGACCUGGACAUCGAGUUCCACGACGUGUCCCCCAUCACACGGCACCCGCUGCAGGCGCUCUUCAUCUGGGCCGUCCUGCAGAACAAGAAGGAGCUGUCCAAGGUCAUCUGGGAGCAGACCAGGGGCUGCACGCUGGCGGCCCUGGGGGCCAGCAAGCUGCUGAAGACGCUGGCCAAGGUCAAGAACGACAUCAACGCCGCCGGCGAGUCGGAGGAGCUGGCCAACGAGUACGAGACCCGCGCGGUGGAGCUGUUCACCGAGUGCUACAGCAACGACGAGGACCUGGCGGAGCAGCUGCUGGUGUACUCGUGCGAGGCCUGGGGCGGGAGCAACUGCCUGGAGCUGGCGGUGGAGGCCACGGACCAGCACUUCAUCGCGCAGCCGGGGGUGCAGAACUUCCUUUCCAAGCAGUGGUACGGCGAGAUUUCCCGCGACACCAAGAACUGGAAGAUCAUUCUGUGUCUGUUCAUCAUCCCCUUGGUCGGCUGCGGCUUCGUCUCGUUCAGGAAGAAGCCGGUGGACAAGCGCCGGAAGCUGCUGUGGUACUACGUGGCCUUCUUCACGUCGCCCUUCGUGGUCUUCUCCUGGAACGUAGUCUUCUACAUCGCCUUCCUGCUGCUCUUCGCCUACGUGCUCCUCAUGGACUUCCACGCCGCGCCGCACCCGCCCGAGCUCGUGCUCUACGUGCUGGUCUUCGUGCUGUUCUGCGACGAAGUGAGGCAGUGGUACAUGAACGGUGUGAAUUACUUCACCGACCUGUGGAACGUCAUGGACACGCUGGGCCUGUUCUACUUCAUCGCUGGCAUCGUCUUCCGGCUUCACCCUUCCGACAAGACCUCGCUGUACUCGGGCCGCGUCAUCUUCUGCCUGGAUUACAUCAUCUUCACCCUCCGCCUCAUCCACAUCUUCACGGUCAGCAGGAACCUGGGCCCCAAGAUCAUCAUGCUGCAGCGGAUGCUGAUCGAUGUCUUCUUCUUCCUGUUCCUCUUCGCCGUGUGGAUGGUGGCCUUCGGCGUGGCCCGCCAGGGCAUCCUGCGCCAGAACGAGCAGCGCUGGCGCUGGAUCUUCCGCUCCGUCAUCUACGAGCCCUACCUGGCCAUGUUUGGCCAGGUGCCCAGUGACGUGGACAGUACCACGUACGACUUCUCCCACUGCACCUUCACCGGGAACGAGUCCAAGCCGCUGUGCGUGGAGCUGGACGAGCACAACCUGCCCCGCUUCCCCGAGUGGAUCACCAUCCCCCUGGUCUGCAUCUACAUGCUGUCCACCAACAUCCUGCUGGUCAACCUGCUGGUCGCCAUGUUUGGCUACACCGUGGGCAUCGUGCAGGAGAACAACGACCAGGUGUGGAAGUUCCAGCGCUACUUCCUGGUGCAGGAGUACUGCAACCGCCUCAACGUGCCCUUCCCCUUCGUGGUCUUCGCCUACUUCUACAUGGCCGUCAAGAAGUGCUUCGACUGCUGCUGCCAGAGGCGGGACGCCGAGUCCUCGGCCUGCUGCUUCAGAAACGAGGACAAGGAGACGCUGGCGUGGGAGGGCGUCAUGAAGGAGAACUACCUCGUCAAGACCAACACCAAGGCCAACGACGCCUCAGAGGAGAUGAGGCACCGGUUCAGACAGCUGGACACCAAGCUGAAUGAUCUCAAGGGGCUUCUGAAAGAGAUUGCUAGUAAGAUAAAAUAAGACCACCUGGACUCGGGCAGAGGAAGAUCUAAUUUUGGCAGGCAACAGCAGCCCCGAGAGCGGCCCAGACUCCCGGAUGCCCUGAGCCACGUUCACCGACUGCCCAGUGGGAACGGCCGCUGGCUUCGCUCCCACGGACAACGGCACAGGCCGUGGGUGUUUGCACCGGAAGGUGGAUCCGGGGGAAGAAGCUGCCCCCCGCAUUGCGCUUCCCCCCGACCGAGCCCGCCGGCCCAGGGUUUUCCAUCUCGGUGACUUGCUGCUGCCUCUCGCCUCGCCCCAGCCGCCUCCGUGCCUCUGCGUCUCUCGAGCUCCCACGCCGUCCCUCCCGGGGGUGAGACUCGGCCCCGCUCUCUCUCCCUGCCGUAGUCUUGCUCCUCUCUGACGGCUACUUUCUUUCUACUGAUUUUUUUGCUUGUUUUUUUGAAUGAUGGAACAAAUGAACUGGGCAUGUUGUUCUAUGUCUCUCACGUCGGGGUGGAUUCCAUAACGUGUGGUAGCAAGAGCGAGGUCGUGUUCCUCGCAGGAGAGAGACUUCUAGUCACACUCUGCUUCUAGACGAUGAUCAGGGGAGGCAAGAAUGCACCCCCCGCCCCCCGCCCCAACUCCCAGGAAGCCCAGUGGGAAGAAGGUGCCCUGUCUCUGAAAAUGCAAACGGUCACCCCAACGUGGACCUUCGAGUGGCCACUGGUGUCCCCUGGGUGCUCAUGUCCCUCCUCUUACUUCCCCACGACAAGAAAGCACUGGAUAGUGUAAAAUAUUUAGAGGACAUUUCAAAGUAAGAAUAUAGUCUCACCCUCUAACAAUAAUUGGCAUUCACAUUUCAGUAUAUUUUUCCAGAUCUCUCUCUUUUUUUUUCUAUGCCUAUUUUCUCCUUAAGAAUUAUGCG